AAAUAACAGUGUUUAAGAAUCAUUCCAUGCGAAAGGUUGUUCGUUUUGAAAAUUCUUUUUGAAGCUUAUCUUAAAAAUGAGUGCAAUUGCACUUUUAAUUUUUAUUAGCUUCUUUGGGGUGGAAGUGAUUGCGGAAUAUAUCGUUCCCGAACCAACUAUUGAAGUUUUUCAUCCUAAAGGAUUUACUGUUUCUAUACCAGAUGAUGGCGAAAUAAAAUUAUUUGCUUUUCACGGAAAGAUCAACGAAGAAUUCGAUGGAAGAGAAGCCGGGACGUUUGCUAGAGAUAUAACAUUAGCAAAAAAUGGAAAAUGGACCUUUACAGANCAAUUACAGUAA